AUGAAACCCAACCAGGGAAGAGCUUGGUCGCGGCACCCCGUGCUCUGUGUCAUGGUUCUCUGUCUUACAGGCCUGGCUCAUGCCAAAGAUGAAUGCGCACCUGUUACGUGGACAUCUGGGGCAUUCGAAAGACGGUCUGUUUCUGAUACUGCUACCUCGUCUUUCACAGGCAGUGGAAGUACAGGCGCUUCCAGUUCCCUUGUCGCGGCACCUACCUCCAACUAUUCCAUACCGGUGGUUACUAUCAGCCCUCUCAUCAAAGGUGCAGAUGUUAAAGUUGGUGAGGUCAACUGUCGAUACACCGCCAAUACACGAAACAUGGACAUAAACUACUACACCUGUACUGCCUUGGCUAUUCGACACCGCAUCACCAUUGAAGCGUUCUUCAUCUUGAACCCAGGACUGCAUCGCGACUGUGGGAACAUUCAGGCGGAUACGGACUAUUGCGUGCGAGGCUUUAUCGAGCCUCUCAGGGCUGAAGACGGCAAGUGCGGCCCCCCAAACAACAAUGCCACUUGUCUCGCUCCGCGUGAGAACCCCCCUCCCCCUGGUAUCAGCGACUGUUCGGUCAGGUUUAAUUAUGGUAUACUAACGCCAGAGUCCCUGGCCAGCGAAGACUGUGCAGACGGAACCUGCUACGAAGGCGCAUGUGCAGGAGACUCUGUGUUUACGACGAACGGUGACUGCGGCAGGGACCACGGCUACAAGCAAUGUGCUGGGGUCUGGGGUGACUGCUGCAACGCAGAGGGGAAGUGCGGCACCGGCCCGUCCUUUUGCGCCUACGGCGUCUGCCAACUUGGAAACUGCACAGUUCCCCAAGCUCCUCCGCCUUCAUGGCUGAAUGGAAACACGACAGAUGGCACCUGCGGUGGACCGAGCUUCUACACUUGUAGUGUGGUAUUCGGAAACUGCUGCAACAAGAAUGGCAAGUGCGGCUCCUUGCCGUCAGACUGUGGAGAAGGCUGUCAACCUCAAUUCGGGAAAUGCUCCUCUAUACCAAGCUCGUCUAGGCCCUCAUCUUCAUCCACCAAAAGGACAGUGAGCAGCCCUAUGACCACCACGAGCCCAACCUCUACGUCGAAACCAAGCACUCCCACAGCUACUACCACGUCUGCGAACCCUACCGAAACUUCCAUCCCAGGCGAGGACGCUUUACCUCCGUGCGGGAAGACCUGCUUCAAUAACAUGCUGGCCCAACACUCCGCCCUCGGAUGUGCCGCCCUUGAUGCAUACUGUCUUUGCAACAACGUUGACUUCAGCAAUGGCAUUCGCGACUGCUCAAAUGGAGCUUGCGGGUCCGCUGUCGGCAGUACAGUCAUCGCCUUCGGGAGCGCAUAUUGCUCUACCGCCUUUGCCAGCCAUACUGCCACAGCCACCGGCAUAGCUGCUCUGCCCUCUUGCGGCCAGACCUGCUUUAACAACAUGGUGGCACAGUACUCGGCCCUGGGCUGCGCCAGUCCUGAUGAUUCCUACUGUCUAUGCAACAAUGUGAACUUCAGCAACGGCCUUCGUGAUUGCUCGAAUGGGGCUUGUGGCUCAGCCGUCGGCAGCAGUGCGAUAUCCUAUGGCAGCGCGUAUUGCUCUACCGCAUUCGCCACCCACACUGCCACAGCCACCGGCAUAGCUGCUCUGCCCUCUUGCGGGCAGACCUGCUUUAACAACAUGGUGGCUCAAUACUCUGUUCUUGGGUGCGCUAGUCCCGAGCCAGCUUGUCUCUGUCGGAACGUCAACUUCGGCUACGGCCUCAGAGAUUGCUCGAACGGCGCUUGUGGCACGGCUCUUGCGCCGACAGUCAUUGAGUAUGGGAGUUCGUAUUGUGCGUCUGCGACAGCGGCUCACUAG